AGUUUCAGGUAUGGGAUUGUCUAAUUCUCAUGGCAUGAGGGUUGGUCUAAGAAUGACAUCAAUCAUCAAACUAUCAUUGAACUAAAAUUUUCAGGCAGAGCGUGAUAUGGAGAGACCAGUGAGCUUUGACGUGACCGACUAUAACCCGGAGGGAGAUGACUGGAGCAACGACUUAAUACCCCACAGAGAUUCGAUGAGCGGAUCAUCGUCACCACCGAUCCACCAAAAUCCGGAGAUUAAAAGCCCUGAGGACGCAACGGAGUACGUGACCAUCACGCUAGACAUUCAGGGAGACAACGUGGUCGUCGAGGAGAACACAGAGCCGAUGGUACGGAGGCGGCAAGGGUCGAGGAAGAAGUCUGUGGUGAAUCGUCGUACACUCGAUGAACCAUCAAGAUCGAAGUUUGAUUCGUCAGAGGCCUUGAAAGGUCUUAAAAUGUUCAUCAGCAUGACCGAUGCUGGUUGGAUCGCCGUCGAGAGGCGGUUUGAUAAGAUGACUGCCAAAACUGGUGGACUGCUGGAUCCGUUAAAUUUUGGUGAAUGCCUAGGUAUAAACUCGAAGGAAUUUGCCUUGGGAUUGUUUUACACAUUGGCAAGACAAAGAGAUAUAUCAUGUGAGGGGGUUAGUAAAAGUGAACUAUUGGAAUUAUGGUGUCAAAUAAAUGAUCAAUGCUUUGACUCCAGAAUUAGGAUGUUCUUUGACAUGGCAGAUAAGGAUGGUGAUGGUAGACUAUCAGAAGAAGAACUUAAACAGUUUAUAAGGCUUACUGCAUCCGCAAACAAUCAAUCCACCACACAGAACAUGGUUGAUAAAUAUGCAGCAAUGAUCAUGAAAGAGCUUGAUCCAAAUAAUUUUGGAUACAUCAUGAUGGAAAGUCUUGAGGUACUGCUGCUAGAUGUGGAAACACACUCUGAAAAUAAAAUAACAAGUACUGAUCAGGAAACAAAGAAGCCUACAACAAAGAGAUGGUACAAAGUUAUUCGAGACAUCCCAUCCUCCUCUUUGAUUCCUUGCUUGAAGAAGACAUCAUCUACAAAGAAGACAUGAUUCGUCAAAUUCUCAAGCGUACAUCACAUGAACAGAAAUGAAUUACUACACGUCACAAGACACGUAAAUAGUCCAAACCCAAAAUCAAUAUGAAUUCAAACCUCAAAACUGUUUUGUUUUUUUUCAAUUUUGUAAGAUUAUACUUUGAUUACAUUUGAAGUAAAUCGUGAGAGUCGAGACUAUGUACUUUUUU